AGCUGACUGCUGACCGCCGUCCCCCGGCCAUGGACACCCCUGGUUAUCCUUCCCUGGUGCCCACAACCUCGGAACCCGGGAACGCCUCCUCGGCCUGGUCUCUGGAUGCUGUCCUUGGAAAUGGGUCCUCGGUGCCGAGUGUGGCCGGGCUGGCUGUCCGUGGCAUUCUGAUUCCCCUGGUCUACCUGGUGGUGUGUGUGGUGGGCCUGCUGGGCAACUCGCUGGUCAUCUACGUGGUCCUGCGGCAGACGGCCAGCCCGUCCGUCACCAGCAUCUACAUCCUCAACCUGGCGCUGGCCGAUGAGCUCUUCAUGCUGGGGCUGCCCUUCCUGGCCGCCCAGAACGCCCUGUCCUACUGGCCCUUCGGCUCCCUCAUGUGCCGCCUGGUCAUGGCCGUGGACGGCAUCAACCAGUUCACCAGCAUCUUCUGCCUCACCGUCAUGAGCGUGGACCGCUACCUGGCGGUGGUGCAUCCCACCCGCUCAGCCCGCUGGCGCACGGCGCCCGUGGCCCGCAUGGUCAGUGCGGCCGUCUGGGUGGCCUCAGCCGUGGUGGUGCUGCCCGUGGUGGUCUUCUCCGGGGUGCCCCGUGGCAUGAGCACCUGCCACAUGCAGUGGCCCGAGCCGGCAGCGGCCUGGCGGGCCGGCUUCAUCAUCUACACGGCUGCGCUGGGCUUCUUUGGGCCGCUGCUGGUCAUCUGCCUCUGCUACCUGCUCAUCGUGGUCAAGGUGCGCUCGGCUGGGCGGCGGGUGCGGGCACCCUCGUGCCAGCGGCGGCGGCCGUCUGAGCGCAGGGUCACGCGCAUGGUGGUGGCCGUGGUGGCGCUCUUCGUCCUCUGCUGGAUGCCCUUCUAUGUGCUCAACAUCAUCAAUGUGGUGUGCCCUCUGCCCGAGGAGCCCGCCUUCUUCGGCCUCUACUUCCUGGUGGUGGCACUGCCCUAUGCCAACAGCUGCGCCAACCCCAUCCUCUAUGGCUUUCUCUCCUACCGCUUCAAGCAGGGCUUCCGCAGGGUCCUGCUGCGGCCCUCCCGCCGCGUGCGCAACCAGGAGCCUCCCGUGGGCCCUCCAGAGAAGACGGAGGAGGAAGAAGAGGACGGAGGGGAGCAUGAGAAGGAGGGGGCAGGGAACCAGGGGGAACGGAAAGAGAUGAAUGGCCGGGUCAUCCAGAUCACACAGCCUGGUCCCAGCGGGCAGGAGAGGCCACCCAGUGGCACCGCCAGCAAGGAGCAUCAGUUCCUACCCCAAGAACCCUCGGCUGGGGACAAGUCGGGCCCACUGCACAUCAGCUAUCUCUAGGGGCCUGCGGAGGGCCGGGGUCACCUGAAGACAGGGCAAAGACUGCGGGUGCACAUAGAGCAUGCCACCUGAGGCGCCAGGGGCCCAUGAUAGGAUGUUUGGAGGCCUGGGCUCUGAUCCCAUUGCUGCUGAGACUUGCUGUGUGAGCUCAGAUAGGUCACUUUCCCUCUCUGGGCCUCGUGUUUUCCUCUAUGACUUAGGGAUAGGGGGUAUCUGCCUAGAUGAGCUUCUCAGCUGAGAAAUCUGGAGGGGCAUCACUGCUGGGCUGAUCUUUCUGGGUGGAGCUGGUUAAGGGGGCAGGUGCCAACCGGCCUUCCCCUUCCAAGACAGAGCCUCCUGGUGGAUCAGCCUG